UCUUAUGGGGUGUUCCUGGUUUGGUUAGUUCAAAAAAGUGGUUAUAGGAAGGACAACUGGUGAACCGGCGACAGAGUCAUGAGCGCCCAAGGCUGAUUGAUGCAUGUGGGGAGCGAAGGCUAGCUUGUCUGGUCAGAUCCCACAGAAGGUCGCUGGUUCACCGGUUGUCAGCCUAUUGUCCUUCCUAGAACCACUUUUGGUAGGAACUAAUCAAACUGGGAACACCCCAUAAGACCUGCCAUUUUGGAGCUGUUUAGCCAUCACAAUUUGGCCUUAGUCAAAGUCACAUGACUCUGUCGCUGGGUCACCGGUAGAAAUUUGUAGUGCAAAUUCCUCAACAAAAAAAAGUUCAUGCUGGCUAUGAUAGAAAGGUGUCAGAACACACUGUGCAUCACUGUUCAGGGGGACCUACACUAUAUUAUGCAGGUGGUUUUUAAUGUUAUGGCUGAUCAAUGUAUGUGGUACAGUAAUUUUCCAGACAGUGUAGACUUCUGGUUUACACUAGUAGACCAUGUUUCCCAGCUGGUGUUAUUAGAAAGGAAACAGUGUCUGAAUUACUGCUACUAAUGCUACACUGUAGAUAAGCCUUUUUUUGUUUAUUUGUUUUUGUUUUUUGGUUUUUUUUUUUUGGUUUUUCUUUUUUAAUUCUCAAAUAUUUAUUGUUCAGUUUAAACAAGUAAUAAGGAAGCUGGAAAAUAAUUUACUAGCUGGCAAAGACAGUCUACCAGUUUAACCAGCUAGGUCUGUAUUUGGUAGCUGGUCAGACCAAGUUGGACGUUUUCAGCAGGGAUGUGUAAUCAUUUGAUGAUCAAUUUAAGUUGUAAACGAAAAUGUUGUAUUACACUAUGAAGAAAUAAUAAUUUAAAUAUAAAGUGCUUCGUAUUAUUCCUUCUGUUCAUCUGUUCAACACGUGUUCAGGUGAUAAAUCUAUUAAGAGAAUGUGGUAAAUCCCAUAAGCCUUAUUACAGAGGUGUGGGAAUGUAAAGGGAGCUCAUGAGUCCAUGAAGAUGAAAACGGCCUUUCAGGAGAGGUAUAUUAUUUUACACCAAGCCAUUUUAUAUACUUGACACGUUCUGAAUUAUAGAGCUUUCUCCACUAACCAAAUGCAACAUUUUAAUACAAUUUAAAAUGCUGCGUAUGUUAAAAUGUCAUUAGUGGCAUAGUGCAUUACCAAACCAAACCGCAAGGGAACCAUUUGGGGUGUUCUGUUUAUUUUAUUCUGCUAAAUUCAGAUUCGGUAUUUGGUCCUAAUAUUAAUGGUAGCGUAAUAGUUCAACCAGUGAAACGUUUUGGUGUGUAAACAUGAGUUUUUUGUUCGCAGCAUGAUUUUUUUUUUUCAACGCGGCUUUUGUUUCCAGUCGGACGACUUAUUGCGACGCACAACAACAAGCACUUGUCCCUUUAACCGAAUAGCUGGUGUUUUAAACAUUUUGUUCACGUAUACAAAGGGCGGUUAGGUUUAUUUACAGGUAGACGGAUAGAUGUCUGACUCCCAAGAACAAACUAAAAAAGCUGAGGAGGAGCCUGAUACACCUGACCACGAGGCCGAGUCAGACGACAGCAGCGAGGAAGGCGACGCUUCUGGAGACACUGAAAUGGAUUUCUUGCGCAGUCUUUUCUCUCGGACUCUCGGCCUGAGCCCUGGAGAGAAAGUCCUUGAUGAACUGAGCCUUGACGGAGUUGCUCGUUAUAUACAGAGUGGUAAAUGCAAGAAUGUUAUCUGUAUGGUGGGUGCAGGAAUAUCGACCUCGGCCGGCAUCCCUGACUUCCGCUCUCCUGGAACUGGCCUCUAUUCCAAUCUGCAGAAAUACAACCUGCCGUACCCGGAGGCCAUCUUUCAGAUUGACUACUUCAACAAACAUCCAGAACCUUUUUUUGCUUUGGCCAGAGAGCUCUACCCAGGACAGUUCAAGCCCACUGUGUGUCAUUACUUCAUAAGGAUGCUGAAGGAUAAAGGCCUUCUCAAACGCUGCUAUUCACAGAACAUUGAUACAUUAGAGAGAGUGGCAGGACUGGAAGGAGAGGACCUGAUUGAAGCCCAUGGAACCUUUCACACUUCACACUGUGUGAGUUUCCUCUGCCGGAAGGAGUACACCAUGGAGUGGAUGAAAGACAAGAUCUUUGCUGAGGACAUUCCUAAGUGUGAAGCCUGUAACAGUCUGGUCAAACCUGAUAUUGUGUUCUUUGGUGAGAAUCUUCCAACUCGAUUCUUCAGCUCGAUGAAAAAGGAUUUUCCUCAGUGUGAUCUUCUUAUCGUAAUGGGCACAUCUCUGCAGGUUCAACCUUUUGCGUCUCUUGUCAGCAGAGUUCCCACUAGCUGCCCACGGCUCCUCAUCAAUAUGGAGAAGUCAGGACAGUCGGAUUUCGCAAUGGGCUUUCUGGGAUUUGGAGGAGGAAUGGAUUUUGAUUCAGAUAAAGCAUACAGGGAUGUUGCACAUUUAAGUACGUGUGAUGAUGGCUGCUUGGCUCUAGCAGAGCUGCUGGGUUGGAAGGCUGAGCUGGAGGAGCUGGUGAAGCGUGAACACGCUAUUAUUGACAGCAAAGAUGCGAAAAAGAAAGGCGAGCAGACGAGUCAGAGCUCUCAGGCCUCAGAGAAAGACGUCAAAAACACAGAGACCGAGAAGACAAAGUAGACAAGCUGAGUGAAAAAUUAAAACCCGGUCCAUUUUGACUCCCAGUCUUUGAUUCUCGGAGACUGCUGUCCCUCGUCUCUCUGUCUCUUUGAAAUUUCUGUCAUACUAGAUAUACAACGGGCUUAGAAUUUCACUCCUUGGAUGUUUAUAUCAUGGUAAAUUAGGAAAACUAGGCCCAGAGCAGCAACAUUUAUCACGUAAGCUACGAAUUGUACUGUACACAUUGAGGCGAGACCGAUGCAGGUGACAGACAAGCCAAAUAAUCUUGCGUGACCUUGUCUGGUUCACUGUAAUCCUGAUAUGCAUAAGGCUUUUAACAACCAUUUGUCAUUUUUUAUUAAGGGUUAGUUAUGCAUACUUUCCCAGAUUAAAUGGUGGUAUAUGUACAGGAGGCUGUUUAUUUUCUUGACUGAUGAGCUAAAUGUGUUUUAUUUGCCGAAGGUGGUAGAGGUAUUUGUUAAUGCUUAGAAUAUCAAAAGUUAUGGACUUGGUGGUUUUGUGGACAGCCUUACUAAGGCAAAAGAUUGUAACUGAUUAUAGAGUGAAAAAGAAAAUAUAUUCAUUAAAUAAGUUCAGUCAAUGUUCAAUGUUUACAGCCAAAUAAAUAGUCGCUAGAUGAUAUAAUGGAGGGCUGUUUGAUGGGAAGUAUAGUUAGAGUUGAUCUCAUUGACUGAUGUCUUUUUCUUUUUUUUUGUUUUGUUUUGUUUAAUCAAAUUUCCUGUUCAUUUAAAAAAUAUUUCUAUUGAUGAAUUGAGCUAUCCAUUAUAAUAAUAUAGCCUGAUAUGUUUAAAUUGCUUAAUCUGCAAUGUUUUUGUUAAUGUUGCAGUGUUUCCUAUCUGUGCCAUGAUUAUGCAAGACUUGAGCUUAUUUAAAAAAAUAUUGCUGAAAUGUUUCAUCAAUCAUGUGUUCGAUAACCAGCAAGAAAUGGAAAUAAACACUACAUAAAUGAA